AUGCUAUUAUUAAAGAAGGUUAUUCAAAAAGUCUUGAGUAUAAAUAUUUAUUUACAAAAAUAUUUAGAAUCUAAUCAAUUUGAAAAGAAUUUAAAAGAAGCGUUAAAUAAUAAAAACUAUGGAGUAUCUAAUAGUCUUCUAUAUGAUUUGUCAAUAUCAACAUAUGACGUAAAUUAUUACAAAAGAGUUAUGACGGAGGUGUUUAAGGCCAUACAAGAGAAACCAACAAGAUGGAGAAGAAUAUACAAGGGCCUAAAAUUGUGCGAAUAUGUUAUGAAGAACGGUUGUGAAUAUUUCAUCAGCGAUGUUAAAGAUAAGGAGGAGCUCAUAAAAAAAUUAACACAUUUUACGCACCUAGAAGAUUUAAAAGACAAAGGAAUUGGUAUAAGAGAUAUUUCAAAUAACAUAUUAAAAUUAUUGAAAGAUAAUAAAUACCUAAAAAAUGAGAGAAUAGAAGCAGCAAAAUAUGCAAAUAUUUGUACUAAUAUAGAAUCGAAACCUAUAGAAAAAAAAGGGUUUUUUUCGAAUAGAAAAAAAAAAAAGCAUAAAAUUAAAAGAACAAGUGAAUAUAGUAGAAGAAAUAUUAAUGAUCCAAGAAAUCUACGACAAAGUUUACAAUCAAAAAAUAUAUUAGAUCAAAUACAAGAAGAAAGGAAAUCAAUUUAUGGAUAUACAAAUGAUGAUGAUAAUAAUCGAUUUAAUGAAAAAAGAUAUGAUACAGUAGAAAAUAAUCAUAAUAAUAUUUCUUCAUAUUCUUCAAAUGUUUCAUCAUCAUCAUCUUCUUCUUCUACUUCUUCAUCGUCAUCUUCCUCAACAACAUCAUCUUCAUCAUCUUCCUCAUCAGCAACAUCUUCAUCUUCUUUAAGUAGUCACAGACAUUCAUCUAAUAGUUCUCAUUCAAAUUAUAAAACAAAUAAUAAUCAUAAAAAAAUAUCAAAACGAAAAAAACGUAUAAAAGAUAAAAAACAUUCAACAUCCUCAUCUGAAAAAUCGUCAAGAAGGUCUAAUCGUUCCAUAUCAAAUUCUCAAGAUGAAUAUAAUAAUAACUCGUCUAAAUUAUCUACACAAUCAAAAGGCCAUUCAGCGUCACGUACAUCAUCAUGUGUAUCGUCGCGUACUUCUUAUAAACAUUCAUCAAGAUUGUCAUCACGUUCAUCAACUUCUUCCUCGGACACGAACAGCUAUUCUAGUCGUUCUAGGGGAAGAUCACAUAUGAGAAAUAAACAUGGACGUUCAAAAAAAAAUAAAAGAGAAAAGGAAACAAAAAAAAGAAGAUCAACAACUAGACACAAAUGA